GCCGGAUAAAAGAAUUACGCAUUGGUGAUUGAAUUGGAUUUUAGCGAGGCAAAUUUCUCUCUCAUCACAAACGAAAAAGGCAGACCUUUCUCAUCAAUCCCCGAACCAAAAAUCAUCCAACGUUGUUGGACCGCACUUCAAAAAGGCAAUUCUAGUGCACCGUUCCCUGCAGAUCCAUCCUUCGGCAUCUCGCCUGGAGUAACCUCUCCGGCCGAGUGAGACGGUACCACAAGCGGCAACGCCGCCAAGCUGUGUGCCAGCUUGGUACUACACAUCGCUGCCGUUGGUUGGCUUUGAUCCAUUGGCGCCGACGGACCUGGUUCGAGGUCUCGAACUGCAGAGGAGUGGGGAGCCUGAAGAUUCCCAUGGUGGAAUACCAAGUUCCCAUCCCCCCUUUGCCAAUCCGUUCUCCUUCGAGCCCCGCCCCCGCCGCUGUCGUACCGUGAUCGCCGCGCGCCCAGUCAACACGGUUGACGGGCCUGGACCACCGGUGGAGGUCGCUCUGCCAUUGAAGUACGCCCACUGCUGUGCUUGUGUAAAGCUUGGAAGCUUCCAUUUCUUUGCAGCCCACAUGAACUGUUCCACGACAUCUCUCCCGCACAUGAGGGGAAGCUGCUUCCAUCUUGCGUUUGUCGAUUGUCGUGUCUCGUCUUCUGGUCUUAUCGUUUUGCUGUCUCAACAAUGGGUAUCACUAGAUUAGAAGAAACACUUGUUCUUGGCCCCUUACUGCGACGUCCUCUUGCAGCUACUGCUGCUGCGGCUGCUUUUGCUGCUGUUGCUACUGCCUCGGCGCCUUCUUUGCCAUCAUCAUGCCCCAUGGAUCCUCUUUGCCCGGCGGUCUCUUCACUCACCUUUGGAGUGCCCAUGGGCCUUGGUCCAGACAUCACUGCGCUGCAGGUGAACAUCGAUCCAGCACAGUCGCACGUGCUGCUGGACAAUUCCCUAUUUCUUGCGCUCGACGAAGCCAUGGCCAUGAGUUUGGAUCCGAGCGGCCCGUUGCCAAAGUCCUUUGCCACGGCGUCAGCUCAACCAUCCUCGACAUCUUACUCGCCACCCGAUUCCACGGCCGCCAAUCCGGAGAACACGGCCAACCCGGCCCGGGAAGGCGUCGGCGCCGGCAGUGCCAGCAACCCGGGCACACUCACCGACUUCACCAAGCGGCGUAAUUGGCCGGCCAAGGUGGUCGAGGAACUGCAGGAUGUGCUGCACAUCUUGGACGCCAAUGGGAGGAUCAAACACGUCUCGCCGAGUGCCGAGCGCCUGACGGGCUACAGGCCUGCCGAGCUCCGUGGCAUUUUCAUGCAGAAGCUGCUGCAUCCGGACGAUGUCGGCGUCUUCACCGCGGAGCUGAAUGAGUCGAUCGCCUCGGGAACGCCGCUGCGCAUCUUCUACAGGCUCCGGAAGAAGGACGGGACCUAUGCCGUCUUCGAAGCGGUUGGCCACGGCCACAUCGCCGCUGCCAAGUUUGCGCCCAACCCGGAGAACCCGACGCCCUUUUGCCAGGCCGUCUUUAUGAUGGCCAGGCCGUAUCCCACCAAGAAUGCGGCGCUGCUCGAUUCGUUCCUCGAGCACAAGAUGGAGAAUGAGCGGCUCAAGCGCAAGAUUGCCGAGCUCCGGAGGGAAGAGCAAGAGGAGGCCGAGGAAUCUGAGAGGGCAUGGUUUCAGAGCCAGGAGGCCACGCCGUCUGACGGCGGCGGCAUGCCCCUGGGAGCAAUGCCAUUACAACCGGGUAUGGAAUUUUCCGGUCUGCCGCAGGAGCGGCGUAUGUCCGUAGAUAGCGGGACGGCCGAGCGUACUACCGUUCCAGGCACCCGUCGCCCCUCGGCAACCGCCAGCCGCGCCGACACGAUCGAGAUGCUCACAGGGCUCCGGUACCAAGAAGGGGAGAGGAGCCGCGGUAUCUCGACGGGCAAUCCUAACCCGUCCCUGAUUACGGGGGAGGCCGGCAUCGCCACUUCCGAGGAGGGGGACCAGCGGGCAGGGGAGAAGAAGAAGAAGCUCAAAUUGGCGGAGGAAUACGUGUGCACGGAUUGCGGGACAUUGGAGUCUCCCGAAUGGCGAAAGGGUCCCAGUGGGCCGAAGACGCUUUGCAAUGCCUGCGGGCUACGGUGGGCGAAGAAGGAGAAGAAGAAGAGCGGACACACCGGCACUGCUGGGGCCACCGAGCAUCAUGCCCACGAGACUGAGACUGCGGGUUAGCGGCAUUCGCC